AUGGGAGAUAUUCAUGAGCAUUGUUUAAAUGAAUGGUUACUUCGUUCCAACAAUAACGAUCGAUGUGAGAUUUGUCAAGAAAAGUAUUCGAAAUCCGGAAAUAUUUUACAACCAAUAUGGAAAUGGCAGAAACCACAGAUUGAAAUGACG